AUGGGUAUAGACGUUUGCCGCUAUGAUUAUUCACAGCCACAAUGUAGCAAAGAUGUAUGUGACAGAAUUUUAUGUCCAAUGAAAUCGCGCAUUAGAAGAUUCUGCGACGAAGGACAUGAUAUUUUUACGGCGGCUGACAUGAAAAGAGCACUGUCAGAAAGACCAGUGAUAGGAACAAUCGCCUGCGUCUGCGCUGUCGAUGAGACCACGAAGACGUUAGAGGUGAAGAAGAUGGUAGGCUUUAAAAGGCUACACAAUUUCCAGUUCGAGGAAAAAGGCAUACGUGUCUGGAGAUCAUACGGGAAAGGUCCUGGUGAAGAGUUUCCUUUUGACCAGUUAGUUUCACAAUCUCAAGAGAGCACCGCGCUCCUUUUCAUUAGCUUUUCUUUUGAUUUCAAAGACACACGGGUUUAUAGAUGUCAAAAGCCCCUGUCAGAGAGCUCAGAUGAUUAUAGGGAUAACCAGCUAUAUUUGUGUGAGUGCUGGGAACCCGGAUGUGUCAAACGUUUCCCAAUCUUUUCAGAGCUGGAGUCACAUCUCAACGUCGGGGAUCACAUUAUAAAACAAGCAAGGAAGGAUUCCAAAACACUUUACGACAAACUCCGGCGCAACUGGGUGGAAAGGUUCAUCACUGCUGUUAACAUAACUGAAGAUAUGCCAAGCACAUCUAGCGUCUAAAGUGCAAGUGAUCAGCAUGACCCGCGGCCAUCAGACCCAGCUGUUUGUAUGGGUUGGGCAUUGGCUAAGCCCAGCGCUGGACCUUCCAAGUUUACUGAUAAAGUGAAGAAAUAUUUAACAGCGAAGUUUAACUUUGGUGAACAGACGGGACGUAAAGCAGACCCUCUGCAGGUUUCUAACGACAUGCGCAAAGCAAAGAUGCGCAAAACAAUCGGCUGUUUACUAGAGAAGAAUGGUUGCCCAAAAGCCAGGUGCAAGGUUUCUUUUCUCGCCUCGCAGCAACAAAAAGGAAGACAACAAGGUUCUGCAGAAAUUGAACUCGACCAGGGGGAUCUGUUGCAAGAAGACGAGUAGUUCGAAAGGCAAAAUCUUGUUGCAAAAAUCGCUGAAGAAUUGAGACCACAACACCCGCUAUCAUAUGACGCUGUCAACUUAUGUUUCUGUGCUAAGGAAGAUCAACUUAGUCAGUUCAACGUGCAAUGCUAA